AUGGGUGUCCGAGGGCUCAGCCGAACCCGCGCCUCCACCAAGUCCGCGGCCCCCGUGCCUCGCGCCUGCGCCCUGACUGCUUGGAAGGUGCUAUGGCGGCGGCCGCGGCCCACUCAUUUGCAGGUUUGCGGCUGCAAGGGCAUCCGGACCUGUCUUAUUUGCGAGAGACAGCGCCACGGGUCCCCGCCCUGGCAGCUCUCCCCUCAGAAAAAAUACUGUUUCCGUUACUGCCCGGACACAGGCUGGGCCAUGGGGCCCAAGGACUCUGACUUGGAGGGUUGGGCCUUCCCCUUCCCGGGGGUGACAUUGAUAACGGACUUUGUGACCCCGGAGGAAGAGGCUGAGAUGGUGCGUCUGAUGGACAGUGACCCUUGGAAGCUCUCUCAGUCCGGACGAAGGAAACAGGACUAUGGCCCAAAAGUCAAUUUUCGGAAGCAGAAGCUGAAGAUCGCGGGCUUCCAGGGUCUCCCCAGCUUCAGCCGGAUGGUGGUCCAGAGAAUGGGCCUCUCCCCGGGGCUGGAGGACUUCAGGCCUGUGGAACAGUGUAACCUGGACUACAGCCCCGAGCGGGGCUCGGCCAUCGACCCCCACCUGGAUGACGCCUGGCUGUGGGGCGAGCGGCUGGUGAGCCUCAACCUCCUGUCGGCCACUGUGGUGUCCAUGUCCCGGGACGCCCCCGGCAGCCUGCUGCUCAGCUCGGCCCCCUAUCGACCGGACGCUUUGGAAGGCAGGUCUGUCCCCUGCCAGGAGGUGGAAGUGGCCAUCUCCGUACCCUGCCGCUCCCUGCUGGUGCUCACAGGAGCCGCUCGGCACCAGUGGACCCACGCCAUCCACCGCAGACACAUCCAGGCCCGGCGUGUCUGCGCCACCUUCAGAGAGCUGUCCAGCGAGUUCCUGCCUGGAGGGAAGCGGCAGGACCUGGGACAGGAGCUGCUGCAGGCCGCGCUCUCCUUCCAGGGAAGGCCCGUGUGAGCACCAUUCCUGGGCACAAGAGCUGGCCUGGCCUGCUGCAAACAUGGCUCCAGCACCACCAUCGGGGAGCGAGCCCUGAGGUCUCUCCACAGCUCAAUAGAUUCAUUGGUUUGCUGUCCUGGAUCUCGCUCUGUAGACCAGGCUGGCCUCGAACUCACAGAGAUCCACCUGUCUCUGCCUCCCGAG